AUGUAUUUCCUCCAUUUAUUUAUCCUGGUUGUGGGAUUGGCAUUAUUAACGGAUGCUGCCAUCCUUGACGCUGGCAUCUGCCUCUCUCUCACGGUAUCCAACCUUGAACCGCCGUACCCACAGACCUACGUCUUUUCCUCAGAAACAUAUGCCUUGGCCAUGGAGAUGCCUGCUACGAGUGAUGUGGCAUUGACAAAGACAGAUUCGAACACCCUGACCUUCACAUCUGUGUCACCACUUGCCUCUAUCACGAAUGAGGACGGCGCAACAUCUUCCCUUAUAGUACCGAAAUCAAGUACAACCUAUCAAGUCGCCAACACAUAUACUUCUGUACAUGCAACAACGAUAUUGACUCAAACUACUAUUCAUUCAUCUUCAAACGAAGAACAAUCGGAGUCAGCUUCGAAUAUUGUACUCAGUUUAGCUGACCCAAACAUUGCCUCGAGUUCAAUCAUCAAAUCUAGUUCAACGAUAGCAUCACCUACUGGCCAUACCCCUUUUGCUACGACAACGGAUCAGCUCUCUACGCAGUUCCCGUCAUCUAUAACCCUUUCCCUCUCUUCUGAGCUGAAAACCGCCCCGCCAUUUACAAGCCAGUUGAUUUCUUCUACAUUAGCAAUAUCUAUUCAAUCUUCUACAAAACCGGCAGCAUUAUCCUCAAGUUCCACCAGUUCUUCGAGUCCUGGCUCCAGUACAGUCUUAUCAACUACAACUUUCUCAUCUAUAAGCGACUUACCUUCUACCUCUACCUCUGGUGCCAGCCCAUCUUGUAUACCACAGACAGACGCUUGCAACCCAGGUACCUCAUUCAACUCGGGACAAGCCACGUAUAAUCAGAUAUACUACGGUUGCGGCUACACCGAAAGCUACAACAAUCCCGGCAAUGAUUUCCUUGUACCCAUUACCCAGCAGUUUCCCUCAACGCAAAAUGCCUGCACGGCCUUGACAAAUUGCAUGCAAUUCAGCUUCAAUCAAGCAUAUUGGGCCAUCGACCUCCACCUGGUACAGAAUGUGGAUACCACAACAGUCUGGGAAUGCGUUGCCUUUUGGGAUCCAGUUGGCAGCGGGAGUUAUUUUACGGUUCAGAAUUCGACUAUCUUAGUUGGUUAUGGGUAUGAUUUUGCAGGUGAUUAA